CGAGAUUAAAGGAUCGGCAUACAGUGCAUCCUGGGAACACCGAACGCCUUCACGAUGACCGUUCGUGCUCUUAACGUAGUGCUUAUAUUUUCACUCGUGACGGCCCUCUCGGGGCUGCCGAAUAUUAUUCCAGUGCCAACGAGACCCGAAGGUCAUACACUGCCGACCGACCUGCAGCCGCCGCCGCUGGAAGACAAGGAAGGUUAUGUCACGGUUUUCGUUGUUAAUAUCUACGCUGUGAAAAACGUCAGCAAUGCGGAUUUGGAGUCGAAGGAAUUGUUCCAGAAUGAAAUCACCGAGCUUGUACCGAAAAUAACGGAGCCGUUCGCCACUGUUCUCCUGGUGGUGGACGAGAAGGAGUCCUUACCCGUCGACCUCGACGAAUUUGCCGACGGACUGCACAGCGAGGGCUACAAGAUCGACAAGAUCGACCGUAACGGCACGACGAAGGUGCUCAGGCUGAAAUUGGCCGAGGAGGAGGCGCGGAGAAUGGUGGAGUCGGCCUCGAAGCCGUACGACGAGACGGGGUCCCGUCAAAAGAGGGCCACCUGCUACAAGUGCGGCGGGAGAGGAGGAGGAGGAGGAGGAGGAUCCGGGGGUGGGUAUCCGAGCGGAUAUUAUCCUAGCGGCGGAGGUGGAGGAGGAGGUGGUCAGUGUUCCACUUGUGGCGGAAGCGGAGGCGGAGGCGGUUAUUAUCCUAGCGGGGGUGGCGGCGGUUAUUACCCUCCUAGCGGGGGUGGCGGCGGUUCUUAUCCUCCUAGCGGGGGCGGCGGCGGUUCUUAUCCUCCUAGCGGGGGUGGCGGCGGUUAUCCUUCCGGUUAUCCUUCCGGUGGUGGUGGAGAUGGAUUUCGUCGAGGCGGCGGCGGUGGACAUCGUGGCGGCGGCGGCGGCGGCGGCUGCAGCACUUGCGGCGGAGGUGGCUCCUUCGCCCAUUCCCAAUCUUCGGCUUCCGCGUCUGCUGGCAGUUGGGGUAAAUGAGCGAAGCGCGCGUAACCACGUAAACACGUUGCCAUCGGCGAUUUAUGCUGCCUUGACGUCUCACAGACACGCGUGCGAGUACAAAGAGUGCGGAUCCCGCGGACACACCGAUCACCAGCCAGGCGAAAACACCGCGAUAGUCUCGAAAUAUUGUAACGUCUAACGCAUUCUUGUUCAUUUGUUUGUAUAACACACACAUACACACACACACACACACAUACGAAAACACAU